AUCAUUACUUCCUCUCUUCAGACCUCGAGCUUGUUCCUGGUACUCGAUCCACCAAUGGCGGCGACCUCGACCGAGCUGGGUUCGGCAACCAGCGAGAAGGACGCGGAGAAGCUGGCGUUCAUUGAGGAGAUGACCGUGAACGCCGACAAGGUGCAGGAGCAGGUCUUAGCGGAGAUCUUGACCCAGAACGCGGAGACCGAGUACCUGCAGAGGUACAAGCUCGGCGGCGCGACGGACCGCGCGGCGUUCAAGUCGAAGAUACCGAUGGUGACUUACGAGGACCUGCAGCUGGAGAUCCGGAGGAUCGCGAACGGCGACCGCUCCGCCAUCCUCUCGGCUCACCCCAUAUCGGAGUUUCUGACCAGCUCGGGGACAUCCGCCGGCGAGCGGAAGCUGAUGCCAACCAUCCAAGAAGAAAUGGACCGGAAGCAGCUCCUUUACAGUCUUCUCAUGCCUGUCAUGAACUUGUACGUGGCUGGGCUAGACAAGGGCAAAGGGCUCUACUUCCUGUUCGUGAAGUCGGAGAGCAAGACGGCCGGCGGCCUCCCCGCCCGCCCGGUACUCACCAGCUACUACAAGAGCCACCACUUCCGCGCCCGCCCCUUCGACCCUUACAACGUCUACACCAGCCCUACCGCCGCCGUCCUCUGCGCCGACGCCUUCCAGAGCAUGUACGCCCAGAUGAUCUGCGGCCUCCUCGACCGCCUUGACGUUCUCCGCGUCGGCGCCGUCUUCGCCUCCGGCCUCCUCCGCGCCAUCCGAUUCCUCCAGCUCCACUGGAAGCAGCUCGCCCACGAUAUCGCCUCCGGCACCCUCAGCUCGAAGAUCACCGACUCCGCGAUUCGUGACGCCGUGGCCCAAGUCCUCAAGCCUGACCCUGCCCUGUCCGAUUUCAUUGCGUCGGAGUGCUCCCCCGGCGACUGGGCGGGGAUUAUCACGAGGAUUUGGCCAAACACAAAGUACCUCGACGUGAUCGUGACGGGCGCCAUGGCGCAGUACAUUCCCACCCUCGAGUACUACAGCGGCGGCCUGCCCAUGGCGUGCACCAUGUACGCGUCCUCCGAGUGCUACUUCGGCCUCAACCUCCGGCCCAUGUGCAAGCCCAGCGAUGUCUCCUACACCAUAAUGCCCAACAUGGCCUACUUCGAGUUCCUCCCCCUCGACUCGGCUGCGGCGAACGCGGACGCUCCGCCGCAGCUCGCGGACCUGGCCGGCGUCGAGGUGGGCAAGGAGUACGAGCUGGUGAUCACGACCUACGCGGGGCUGUACCGGUACCGGGUGGGUGACAUCCUGCUGGUGACGGGGUUCCACAAUGCGGCGCCGCAGUUCCGGUUCGUGCGGCGGAAGAACGUGCUGCUGAGCAUCGAGUCGGACAAGACGGACGAAGCAGAGCUGCAGCGGGCGGUGGAGCGGGCGUCGGAGCUGCUUCGGCCGUGGGGCGCGAGCGUGGUGGAGUACACGAGCCAGGCGGACACGAGGGUCAUCCCGGGGCACUACGUCAUCUACUGGGAGCUGCUGGUGAAGGGAGGGGAAGGGGGCCGGUGGCCGGGGAAGGAGGUGUUCGAGGCGUGCUGCCUGGAGAUGGAGGAGGCGAUGAACGCGGUGUACCGACAGAGCCGGACGGCGGACGGCUCCAUCGGGCCGCUGGAGAUCCGGGUGGUGAGGGGCGGCACGUUCGAGGAGCUCAUGGACUACGCCAUCGCGAGGGGGGCGUCCAUCAACCAGUACAAGGUGCCGCGCUGCGUCACCUUCCCGCCCAUCAUCGCGCUCCUCGACUCGAGGGUGGUGGAGACCCACUUCAGCCCCGCCUGCCCGAGGUGGAGCCCCCGCCCCAAUUAGCUGCCCAUUGGUCGACGCACGCCUUCCAAAUGAAAUAUCUAUACCCAACCACCGACCGAUGAUUUAAGGAUAAAUAAGAUCCUAAUACAUGUAUUUCAUGUUUGUUCGC